AUGGACCUUCAUUAUCAGCUAAAAGGGAAGAGUGAUGCUGCAGAUUACGAAGCUGAGUCUAGUGAUCGGUCAGCUGCUCCUGGUCCUGGAUAUACUGAUCAUGAAGUAGUUACCAGCCCCCUCCAGAAUCCCGUGUCAAGCAAGGUGGGAAAGGCAAACAAAACAUCAAGGCUGACAAAGUGCUAUGAGAAUUUAUGGGAUGUGUUUGCUUGA